GCAAGUUUAUACGAUUGUGUUCAGUGGGAGCGCGGAUGCGAUGAUCUGCAGUGUGCGUGGGACUACACUCUGACCAACACACCAUCUGGCAUCUACAACAAGAAGGACAAUUUUGCAUGUACACAUAAAAAGACAAUAUAAUACAUCUGCAGAAAACAUAACAUUUCACAAGUGAACCUUAAAUAAUUCUACCAUCAUGGAACUUGACGCGUCUAUCAUUCUCCCUGCGCUCUUCUUUACCAUUCUUGCUGUUGUCUUGGCAGCCAAAUUCAUCCCCAAAAAACAACCAGAGGAGAAGAAGAAGAGGGUUAAAGUAGGCUAUGGAGACGACAGUCCUCCUUCCAGAGCAUUGGCACCAGCAGUACCAGUAGUGGAAGUACCAAAAGUGGAGAUAUCACCACCAGUGAUGAAACCUGAAGUUAUCCCCGAGCCAGAAACAGUUGCCCCAGUAGUUGAAGAGAUCAAUGUUGUAGAAGAAGAGACAGUAAAAGAGCCAGAAAUUAUCCCCGAGGUUCAGACUGUGCCAGAGCCCGUGCCAGAACCCGUGGUUGAGCCAGAACCCGUGCCUGAGCCCAUCCCAGAGCCAGAGCCCAUCCCAGUCGUUGUUGAGGAGCCCAUCCUUGAGCUCAUCGCCGAACCUGAACCUGUACCCGUGGUGAAGGAGGUCCCCGUCAGAGAGCCCACCCCUGAGCCAGCGAGGGAACCCACCCCAGAGCCAGCAAGAGAACCCACCCCCGAGCCAGCGAAGGAACCCACCCCUGAGCCCGUCUUCGUGCCAGAGCCAGAGGACCUUGAGAGCAACGGUACUGAGGAGGUGCACUUUACCCCAGGAAUGAAGAUGAGCAAGUUGGAGAAGCUGAUGACCAAGGAGGAGAUGGAGGAGGAGCAGAGGAUAGAGCUCACACCUGAUUUUACCUCUCUAUAAGCAACAUCGACAAGCACACUGUGAGUUAGGAAGGAUUAUGGUGCAGCUGAGUAGGCGAUGAAGAAAAGGAAGGACUCUACACCCACACCUUUCUAUUCUUUACUUUGUUUCCUGAAAAGUGAUCACUGAAGAAGAACCUUUGAAACCUCUGCUGAGAAGAGCGAUCUCUUCUGUUGAUUGUCCGGCGACUCUGCUGUUGAUCUGGAAAAUAUCUGUUGCUUUUCGUCCUCUACUCUUUUCUUUCCUUCUUUAUUACUUUUGAAGGAUGUGAGUUAAAGGCUACUGCUCAACUCUGCCUGUGAAUAGCAUGCUGCAUUACACCAAACACACAAGUGCCUAUGUGAAUCUGUGCCAAUCAGUAACAUCCGACUAGCCUAAUGAUUGCAUUCUGAAUGCUGAGAAAAGCAUAUAUCUCACUCCUGUCCUGACUUUGACGAUCGUUGGGGCUUUUGUCACUUUAGAAGUAUGUAACCAAUGCACACUGACAAUGAAUGGGCUUCUUUUCAUAUGGGACUGGAGAUCGGUUGUUAGAAUGGCUGAAGUUGAAUAUGUGUAUGACAACCCGUAGUGAUUUUUGUAGAAAGAUUGAAAUGUUUAGUUUAAACAUGACAUUUUGGGGCUUUUGUAAACUCUUGAUUAUUAAAAGCCAGUUUGUCUAAAACCAA